AUGCUGUCGUCUGCCAAGUCCAUGGACGAUGAGACAGCACGAUUAGCGGUCUUACGUGAUCCAAAACGUAUGGCAGCGUUACUUGUACGUGCUUUUUCAUCUUCUAUACUAGAGAAUGCUGUAAAUGGUGUUGGAGAGAGACGACAGAGCGUUCAACGACGUCAGGAAGAAGAAGAUGAAGAGGUGGAGAAGACACAGGAGGAGUUUCAGGAAAUAGGCAAGCGAGCAAGAAAGGGAAUCAAUGCAGCUGAUAUGUUGCCUUUACGUGUAGAAAUACACUCGGUGACGGAGGAGGACGAUGACGAUGAUGCAGAAGAAGAGGAAGAGGAAGAGGAGGAAGAAGAAAGUAUUGAUAAACCACUGGACGAAGAAGAACUGGAGGCUGCAGCCACUGCGUUGCUGGCUGCUACGCGAAUUGUCGACGAACUGCGGCUCAAGAUGUUACUGAAAGCAGGGCAGCAGAUGGACCGGAAACGACAGGAUUAUAUGAAUAUUAACGACCAAUCUCCGUUCUCUUCAGUUGGGAUGACGACACCAGUCGUUUCACGGUCAGAAAGUAGCUUUACAACUAAUGAAGCGCCGGGAUUGCCGGUACCACAUGCACGCGUACGGUAUAACUCAACUUGCAGUGGGUGUGGUAAGUCAUUUAACCCGUUUCAUCGCAGUAAGAACUGCGCUGCAUGUGGAUUUGCAUUCUGUCCAAAGUGCUCGCCGAAACAGUUGGUAUUGCCGUCUUGUUUUGGGCAUCGUGACGAGUCUGUGCGCACGUGUAAUCUUUGUGCGCGUUGGUUUCAAAAAGCAAUGGACCGCUAUUUUGAUAAAAUGGAGCUGACCACAAGCCACGAUAACGACGACACAAUUCGUGCUGGCAGUCUAGGCGAGUUUACUUUUGAAAGAAAGUCGCGCGCUUUAUUCAGCUUUAGUAGUAACACAGUGCCAGUGUCAGACCUAAGUGACGGAAAAUUGUCAUUGCUGGCACGUCCUCGCUUGUCUACUUCAUCUCUCGAUUUCACUCCUGACGGUUUUAACGGCGAUGCUGCGGAUGGAAAUGGAGAAAAUGAUGGAAGUUACAUUACCUUAAAUUCGACGAUGUCGGCAUCGAGACAGCGUCGUAGGCAUUCUUCAAUACCUUAUGCACCAUCUUCGCUGACGAGUAAGAACAAGCCUUGGUUUAGUGGCCACCUAAGUGCAAUCCACGUCAAUGAUAGGCUACCGCGAAAAAAGAAGUCAAGAGGCGAAAGUGAGAGCGACGCUGACAGCACUAGUCCGGACGUAAGAUGUAUACGAAGGAGUAGCGUUGCAUCGGCUCCAUCCAAGAAUAAAUACAUAAACAAGGAAAUUGAUGACAGGCCUUUUGUACAGCAAGAAGAGGGUAGGAGAAGGAGUCCUACACACGCCAAAAGUUCUGCGUUUAAGUCGUCUUUGGACGCCUUGUUGGCCCGCAUCGGCAAUGAAUCCGAAAGCAACGAUUUGGCUUGUCCGCUAAGGAAAGCACGGCGCUCCAAAUUUACACGAUCAGCUAGCUUUGAUUUUGCUAAUUUGCACUCGGCGUCGCCUUUACACUCAUUGUCGAAUUCAUCGGGUAUGAGGCGUUGUAACACAUUUGGCCCGGAUGAGAUAGGACUUAGUGCUGCCGAAGUUUCCAGCAAUGGGAGUGGUCGAACCAAGUGCAUGCGGUCAAAAAAGGCGUUUGACGACAGUGAUAUUGUGGACGCGCGUGCUCAGUUUGAAUCAGUGGAAGGGAAACUGAAAACUGAAGCGAAAUUUGCUGCAGCGGUAUUGCGCUUUGCAGUUUACGAAAUGGGCGGGAAGGAAGGCACGAGUUUACGCCGCACAUUUGGAUUCUCUAAAGCAAAUCCAGUGCUUGACCGGUAUACGUUGGAACUUGAUUGUCGCCAGCGUAUUGUACGAGCGAAAUCCGUGUUCAUGCACCGCUUCUGGUCGUUCCAUUGUGAUUCCGUUCAAUCUUUUGAUUUUGGAUCAUCGGAAGGGAUAGCUCGUCUUAUUGUGUCUAGUGGUAGCCAAGAAAACCAAUCUCUUGAGUUAAAAUUUGCGAAUGAUGACGAAAGAGAGCAGUUCAAGAAAGCAAUGAAUAACUGUCGGUCAACUAAUUUGAAUCGGAUGCGUGAACUUGCCACGGAGGCUGCGAUGUCGCUUCCUGCGCGGACUGAGCUUCCACUAUCCCCUACUUCAGACAUUUUACGCUCGCCAAUGCCUCCAGAACCGACCACUACUUUUUCAAGAGAUUCGUCAACGGCAAUUGAGUCUGAGUUAGUACUUGCACAUGAUACUGGUGAUAGCGACGGAAUUGAUUGUCCGAAUUCGCAGUCGAUUCGUGUUCCACUGUUGCCUGGAGAGGAAGUAGUAAAAGAUACAGAGCUCCAAGCGACUUUGCUCAUCGGCCCAGUUAGCGAAACGAAUGAAUCAACCCUCGUUUGGGGACGUUUGCGUGGCAAGGUAGCAGUAACGAAUUAUCGCGUCAUUUUUCUACCAUUUGAUCGAGUGCAGGUCCAGCCGCGAUGUGGUGGACAGGGUGGUAUCGCUUACAUUCCGCUGUUUGCGAUCACCCACGUCCAGAUAUUUCAUCCUGGCGGUCGCCGGACGAAAGCUGGCUGCACAAAUUACGCGGGAAUGGCGGGCUCUGCGUCUAUCAUCUCGAUCGCUUGCAAGGACAUCCGUGUGAUGCGAUUCCAACUUGGCACUCUCUCCUCCGUAUCAGAGGACCAUGCGCAUAAAUUGCGCACGACGAUUGCAAAACUAGCGGACGAAUCUCAGCGAUAUUCAGUCGUUGAGCGGGUCAGUUUCAAAGGGACAAUGUCUCCCAGGUUACGCCCGCUUUUAAGUACCAAUGACGCUUGUGAUUUACUACCAGAACUAGGUUUUGAUGGUGAAACGGUACUGCACGUGAGUAGGGAACCUUCAUUGUAUUCAACAUCUGAUGGUCCGCGUAAUCCAGCCUAUGCAUCACCGGUGCUUCGUCCUGAUCGAAUUUUGACGCUUCCCCGUGAAAUUAGCGGCUCGUUUGCCUUUUCAUAUUCUAUUGGCAACAUCUCUGCCGAUCAGAAUGGUUGGAAUGUGUUUGUUGACGAGCGAGAGUUCAAGCGACAAAUCGGUGGUGACCAAGCCGUCUUACCAUUUUUGAAGUAUUAUAAAAAUGAUAGAGGCAAUAUUUGCAAGUCUUAUCCAUCCAAGCUACUCCUUCCAGCAUCCAUGACUUCUGCCACGUUGGUUAAGGUAGCUGAUUUUCGUGCGAAGAACCGACUUCCUGUGAUCACGUACUAUCAUCGCCGGAACAGGUGUGUUCUGACUCGUUCUAGCCAGCCCCUCCUCGGGAAUUUAUUGUCUGGAACCUCAAACGUGUCUGAUCAGCUGCUUUUGGGAGUUUAUCGCCGACUUCCGGAUAUUAUCAAAAACCAGUCGCAGUCAUCGGCAUCGUCUCGGCCGAUUUAUAUAUUCGAUGCUCGAAAGCCGAAGGCUUCGACGGGAAAUCGACUCAUGGGUAAAGGAGGCGUCGAGGCUCCUCAAGAUUACCCAGGUGCUGUUGUCCACCAUCUGAAUAUCGCUAACAUGUAUCAAAUGCAAUCGUCGCUGACGGGACUUAUGAAGCUGUUUCUUCCUGGCGGUUUUGAGGAUAGUGGUCGCACGUGGCUAUCCAGUGUGGAGUCCACAAGGUGGCUAGAUCAUGUUCGUUUGGUGCUAGAUGGCGCAUUAAAAAUCGCGCGCGUGUUGGAACUAGAAGGAGCAUCGGUGCUUGUGCAUUGCAGUGAUGGUUGGGAUCGAACAGCCCAACUAUGUGCUCUGGCACAGUUAAUGAUUGACCCUUAUUACCGAACCGUUCGAGGAAUCAUAUGCCUCAUUGAGAAGGAUUGGUGUGCAUUUGGCCAUAAAUUCAGCGAGAGAACUGGUGGUGAUCGUAAUCGCGACCCGCAACGAAACAAAUCGUCGCCCAUCAUGUUUCAGUUCAUCGACGCCGUGUGGCAGAUGCAACGUCAAUAUCCCCGUUCAUUUGAGUUUAGCGAGCGCUUUUUAUUGCAUUUGGCGAAUGCGAUGACUUCGGGGCUUUACGGAACAUUUCUGUACGACUCGCGGCUUCAGCGAGAAGUGAACGAGGUCAAGUACAACACGGUAUCAGUGUGGACGCCGGUGCUCAUGAUGCCGUCUCUCUAUUCAAACAGCAACUAUGAGAUGUAUGACGGACCCAUUUGGCCCUGGGUGAGCUGUAAAAUGAUUCGUUUAUGGGAGAGCUACUUUUUUCAGUGGCACCCCAAGUUUUACAAGUGCCAAUGGGCAUGCAGUUUAUUUCACCAUGGUCCAUCCACUCCAGAGAGUAGUAAUGCAACUAGUGAGAUGGAUGAUCAUGAUUACUGUAAAGAGGAAGCCCAACAGCAUGAAGCCCCGCAUCAGCGAGUUGCAAGUGUCAAAGACCCACCAGCGCUAGAUCUAUUGGCACCACCAAUAACUUCUAUUAUUAGUGAAGAUGAUGGCCAGCAUGAAGUACCUCCCAUUUGUCUCUCUGUAGAAGACCGAGAUUUGGGCGUGAUGAAUAGGACGCGAACUGCUAGUGGAACGUAUACCCAAAGGACAUCGAAGCGAAGUCUUUUUGGUCUGAGUCGGGGAAGUCGUCAACGUGCACAAAGUGAAGAGAAUGGAAGUUAA